UCUCUUAUCAGUCAUCCAAUCGUCAGCACCUGGCGCGUCGUCUCUUCCCAAUACCAAAGAUGAAUUGGAAUUCAUUCGACAACGCCUCGCCGGUCGCAAUCAUAUCGUGCUCGAAGGCGAGGCAGGUACAAAGAGACAGGUGAUGAAAGGAAUGGAAGAGUGCAACUGGCUUCAUUUGGCAUGUCAUGGAAUUCAGGAACCAGAUGAACCAACGAAGAGUGCGCUUCUUCUCCAAGACGGGCACCUUACGCUCGAGGAAAUAAUCAAACUCGACCUUCCUCGAGCCGAGCUUGCGUUCUUAUCCGCUUGUCAAACAACGGCAGGAGACGAGAAUCUGUCGGAAGAAGCGGUUCAUAUCGCAGGUGGGAUGCUUUUGGCUGGAUAUCGGAGUGUGGUGGCGACAAUGUGGUCUAUUCGAGACGAGCUCGCGCCUGUGGUGACGGACGAGUUCUAUAGGCAUGUCAUGGAAGAAGGAAAGCGACCCGACUCUAGGAGGGCGGCGGAGGCAUUACAUCUAGCGGUCCAAAAGCUUCGUCAACGGCCAGGCGUCCAGCUUACGGACUGGAUUCCUUUCGUUCAUCUUGGAGUUUAA